AUGCAAGACGACAGUUUAGAAUCCUCAACUUCAAUAUCUCAACUUCUGAGAGAAAGUUAUUUAGCUGAAACUAAACAUCAAGGGAAGAGUGAAAGAAGCAGAUCAGAACCAGCUUCUCAUAAUUUCCAUUAUGGCAACGCUUCUGGUGAUUUAGAUGAGGUAGCUGCCCAAGAUGACCUUCCAGACCUCUCCGCCUUUUUGAGCCAAGAAGAGCUAGAUGAAAGUGUAAACCUGGCAAGACAAGCUAUUGAUCAGAAUCCACCAGAAACUAAACAGGAUGAGCUUCAGGCACAUUCACAGCAUCCCCCAGAUCAGCUGAAAAACACAGGAAAACACAAACAAAUGGCCCAGUCUACAGCUCUGAAAACAUCAGACAAUGGUCUGCACUCAAACUUUUGUCAGGACCAUGUCAGAAGUACAAAGGGCUCCAAAGGGAGCUCUCAGGAUCUAACGAAACACCACCUCCCUUCUGAAUCAGAAUCCAAAAAGGAAUUCCUAAACAAGGCUGCAGAUUUUAUUGAGGAGCUCUCAUCACUUUUCAAAGCUCACAACUCUGAAAGAAUAAGACCCCGAACAUGCAAAAACUACCGGAGCAAAAUUGAUUCUAAGAAUAAGCCUGCUCAAAAAGGUAGCUCUAGCCUAUCUAGCACAUCAGAAAACAGAGAAAGGCUUUCCAUUCCAGUACCUCAAGACUUGGAAAACAAAGCAGAGCAAACAUUUGAACAAACAGAUGAUCAACAGGCGGCAAACUUGGAAUCUAUCAAUCAAUUAACAAGUGCAGAGGUAAAAACAGAGUCAGAAUCUGCAUCUGUAUACUCUGAUGAACCUAUUGGACAACCACCACGCUUUACUCAAAAAUUGAAGAGCAGGGAAGUUCCUGAAGGAACCAAAGUGCAAUUGGACUGCAUUGUGGUAGGAAUCCCAGCACCUGAAGUCAGGUGGUACUGUGAAGGGAAGGAGCUUGAAAACUCACCAGACAUUCAAAUUAUCCAGACAGGUGAUCAACACUCCUUGGUUAUUGUUGAAGCUUUUGAGGAGGAUACAGGACGUUACUCGUGCUUUGCUUCAAACAUCUAUGGGACAGACUCCACUUCUGCAGAGAUUUACAUAGAAGGAGUCUCUUCUUCUGACUCUGAAGGUGAAAUCAUCAAAGACGAAAUGGAUCACAAACCAAAGCCAGCUGACACCUCCUUGAAUGCAGCAUCUCCUGCUGUUAGAACUGCAACCAAGCAUCAAGAAACUUCGAAGGCAGCAUCUGCCAUGGCUCAGCCUGUGUCCGUACCUGUCCAGCCUGUGUCAACAUCCGUUAAUCAGGCUCAAAGCCCCACUAACUAUUUGCAAGGACUGGAUGGAAGACCUAUAAUUGCUGCUCCUGUAUUUACAAAGAUGUUACAGGAUAUUUCAGCUUCUGAGGGGCAGCUUGUUGUCUUUGAAUGUCGGGUGAAAGGAGCUCCUUCCCCAAAGGUUGAAUGGUAUAGAGAAGGAACACUGAUAGAAGAUUCUCCAGAUUUUAGGAUAUUACAGAAAAAACCACGAUCUAUGGCUGAACCAGAGGAAAUUUGUACUCUCGUUAUUGCUGAAGUAUUUUCAGAAGAUUCUGGCAGCUUCACCUGUACUGCAAGCAAUAAAUAUGGAACAGUAUCUAGUAUCGCUCAUCUAACUGUCAAAGCACCUGAAGACAGUAGUAAUGCUGCUACUCUUCACACAAUGAGCUCAAUCAACUUAAUUGCUGCUGAACAUCAAGCUCCCCCACGUACUCCUACCCAUGGUGUAGUAAACAAAACCCCCAAACCUAAACUUGAAGGCGUUCUUGUGAACCACAAUGAACCCAGAUCGAGUUCUAAGAUAGGUCUCCGUGUGCACUUCAAGCUACCUGAAGAUGAUAAAGGAGGUGAAUCAUCAUCAGAGGAUGGACCUGGCUCUACAAACCAAAUCAGAUCCAACUAUUUCCAAGAGAGGAUAAAUGGACAGCCAAUGAAAAUACCAGAGCCAACAUCGCCAUCCAAGGAACCCCCUCCAGUACUGGCUAAACCAAAGCUUGACCAGACCCAGUUAAAACAGCUCCACAAUCAGGUCUUGCUUGAACAACAGCAGGUGCAUCAGACAUCUACAAAAGAGUUGUCAUUCAACACAGGUUUAUUGAAUUCUGCUACUUCACUCCAUCAACAGUUCACCUCAACUACGUACAAACAAAGCAAAGCCUCUGCUUCACAAGCAUUCAGCUAUACCCGACCUAAGCAGUUCCUACCAUCACAAACCACAUCACCUACCAGCUCCUCUUCUAGCUCCUCAGUUACAACAUUCAGCAACAUCCCUCAAGGAGCUCAAAGAACAAAUAACAAGGAAAAUUUCAAAGCAAAUCCUCCAUCUGCACAAUCAAGGUCUUCAGGAGGGUUUACAAGCAAAAGUGAACAGUCUCUACCAAGCCCUAAGGAAUCCAUGGUGCCUCCAUUAACCCUUUCUACAUCUAGUGUAAAGCAGUUCCAGCCGCAGAGUGUGACUCCUGCUCCUAUCUCCCCAACUGGCUGGAUUCAGAAUCCAGUAGCUUUCCUUAGUGCUGUUCUUCCUUCAUUUCCUACUGUGCCAUCAACCAAUGCUAUGGGACUGCCCAGAAGUACACCAGCCACCCCGACCCAGGGAUUAACAAAGAAAAAUCUGAAGCCUCUGCCAUUAGCUACAGACGAUUCUAUUCGGGAAAAUAAAGCUGCACUUGUAAAGGACCUGGAAAGAAAACUGCAUUUCAGAGAGGAUGGUAAUCACCAAAGUAGUCAGCAGGUAAGAAAAUUGAGUGUUAUCAAAAUAAAUUUCACUCAUGAACAAGAUAUAUAUUAUCACCUGUGGAACAAAAGGUGUUUGUGUGGUUGA